AUGCCAGACACAACCACGCCUACUUCCAUCAACAAACACGCCACGAUCCUACCACCCGUCUACAGUCCACCAAAUUCCACCUACCCAAGAAACACAAAUUACGCUCCACGAAACACCACCGUUUGGACAAAGGACGAGAUUGCCAGAUUGGUAUAUUAUCGAGAUCUUUACCGUAAUCUAUCAUGGGGGGACUUCGCCAACCUUGGCCUCUUUCCUGGAAGAACAGUCAAGACUAUGCAGACCCGCUACUCUUUGGGUAGACGCAUUCUCCAACCAAAUUCGCCCACCCAGCAGCAGCUACAGCCUUAUUCCGCGCCUGUCUACCCUCCGUCCACAGUUAACGACGUACCUUCGCUCUACACGUUCUCCCAUCGCCCUUACCCAACUUCCAGGACCAGUCUUGGUGCAUACGAAGGCAAUACAAUAACUCUCAGCCAGGGCGAGAUCGAGAGGCCUUUCGCUCCCCCGCCCGUACCAUCACUGGGCCCUGGGGCAUACGAAGGCAAUACCAUAGUGAUCAAACGUGGUGCGGAUGAUCCUAGUGUCCGUACGAACACCCCAUAUCUCGAAUCUGAGCCGCUCCAGCUCGUGAUGCCGCCUAGGGACAUACCGAUCCGUACAAUCGGAGAAGUCUUCCCUCGGGAUGGUGAUGGCGGUCAAGGUACACAUGAAUAUCCCAAUGGCUACUAUGGCCGGUGCCAGGAUCGUAAAGGCCUAGGAAAAUCUCAGACGUCUUUCAUUGAUAUUCCGGAUAAUUUUGAUACUGUCAGAUCCGAUGGCUGGACAGCGUUUCGUGCGCGCCCUGAAUCUGUUACCCCCGGGUUUGAACCGUCUCAAUCUCCCGAUGUUAUCGAUCUUACCGUGACGCCACCGGACGCGGGGGAUGUGAUGGAUAUCGAUGAAUCGCGGGUCCAACAAAUAGCGCGAGAAUGUAGUGCUGCUUUAGCCCCUGGAGCUGAACAAGAGGAUGCGGAGGCGGCGUUUGAUCUGUUGACGUUCAAUCGAUUACAUGUGGAUGCGGAUAUGCAAUUCUGAUUUUGGUUUGAUAAGCACCCUGUUUCUUUCAGGAGCUGGAGAAGCAAAUGCGGUUUGGAGGAUUGCUGGCUAAUGCAAAUAAAGUAUCAGUUAAUUGCUAGGAAUGGUAUUUUUGAAAUUUUGCGUGAAUGUUGUUCUGACAAUCCUGUAAAAAGUGUCACAUUCACCAGCUUUCUUUGAGCUGCUGCCUCACCAGCCUGCAAUCCAACAGCAUUUCAGAGUAGCGCGGCUAUCAGCAGAACGACUAUGUGUAGAAACAUCAACAAUGAAGGGUGGCCGUCCAGCGUUUGGGUCUGAUAUCGUUUUACCCGCCCGUUUGUUUCUUAUUAUCUCUACUUGUCAAACCUCCACAUAUAUAUACCACCACCAUCGCUGGUCUUGUAGAAAGUCAACGUACUUCCGUAUUCUAUCCAUACGCAGACUCCAG